AUGGCAGGAGCGUGGAGGCUGGGCUGGCUGCUGGUGCCCCUGCUGGCCACGCUCGGCGCCCCCUUGCCAGGCACGGUGGUCAGACUCAACAAGGCAGCACUGAAUUACGUGUCUGACAUCGGUAAAGCCCCUCUCCAACGGGCACUGAAAGUGACUGUCCCCGAUUUCCUGGACCAGAAUGGUGAGGUUCUUCAAUCCUCCAGGUUCCAGGUUCUGGACGUGCAUGUGCCCCACCUCCACUUGAAAUUCAUUGCCAGUUUUGGGGUGCGUCUGUCGGCAACAGCCAAUUUCACAGUCCGGGUCUUUGGUGUCCGGGAAGCCCUGGAGCUGGGGCUGCCUGUGGUCCUGCUGGCUGACGUGCACGUGGCCCAAGACUCCAUCGGGACCCUGGUGCUUGGCAUCGCCACCUGCUCUGCACGCUUCCGCAUGGCCAGCGUGCUGAAUGGCAGUAACAGAACCUCCCCUGUGCAGCUGGCCCUGGCACAGAAGCACAUCAAAGCCGUCCUGAACAACAAGCUAUGCCUGCUCAUCUCUGGCCUGGUGCAGGACCUCAAUGUUCACCUGGGCACCUUAAUUGGCCUCACCCCCGUGGGCCCUGAGUCCCAGAUCCGCUACUCCAUGACCACUGCGCCCACUAUCACCGGUGACUACAUGUCCUUAGAUGUCAGCGCUGUUCUCUACCUGCUGGGCGUCCCUAUCCACCUUCCCUUUCACGACGCGUCCCCCUUCAUGUUGCCUUGGGCUGUGGGCAACAGGAGUGCGAUGGUGAACGUGGGCCUCUCCCAGCAUGUGUUCGAGUCUGUCCUUCUGCUUCUGCAGAAGGCUGGCUCUCUCAACCUGGACAUCACGGGACAACUGAAUUCUGAAGACAACACUCUGAACACCUCUGUCAUGGGCCGACUCAUCCCUGAGGUGGCCCGCCAGUUCCCUGAGCCCAUGCCCGUGGUGCUCAAGGUCCAGCUGGGUACCACGCCCACGGUCACACUCCGAGCCAACAACGCCACUCUGCGGCUACAGCCUUUUGUGGAGGUCUUGGUGGCAUCCUCCAACUCUGCCUUCCAGACUCUCUUCUCGCUGGAUGUGGUGGUGAACCUGAGCCUUCAGCUGUCUGUGUCUGAGGCGAAGCUUCGGGGGACCACGUCUGUGCUGGGGGGGGUCCAGGUCUCCGUGGCCUCUUCUAACGUUGGCUCCAUUGAUAUGGAUCAGAUGCACACACUCACAGGCAACGUGUUCCAGAAGGCCCUGCUGGACCACCUCAAUGCUCUCCUGGGCAUGGGGAUCGCUCUUCCCAGCGUGCUCAACCUCCACUAUGCCCACCCUGAGGUCUUGGUCUGUGAAGGCUAUGUUGUGAUAUCCAGUGGACUCUCCUACCAGCGCUGA